GGCGCCCAAAAGAGAAUUCCCAAUUGUGCCUCUCCAAGCCACCCAUAAGACUUGGAUCCUACGUCCAUUUCUCUAGAGCCUUCUCAGUGGCUCUCCAGCCUUCCAGUGUUGAGAGCGCAGGCGAACUGAGGCGGAGACUAGCAGAAACCCCGCCCGGGAGCCGCAGCCGGUAGACGCGACGAGACAGGUCGGUCUCGGGCGCUAAGGAGGGCCCGGUCGGCCGUGACGGGGUACGCGCCGGAGAGUGGCCCUGGCGGGUCCUCUCCAAGCGGGAAGGGGUCGGCAUGAACAAGUCGGAGAUGGCGGACGAGGCGCUGUUCCUGUUGUUGCACAACGAGAUGGUGUCUGGUCUGUACCGCGCUGCGGAGCAGGGCGACGGGGAAAAUGGACGAUGCAUCACAAAACUGGAGAAUAUGGGCUUUAGAGUAGGACAGGGAUUAAUAGAAAGGUUUACCAAAGACACUGCCAGAUUCAAGGAUGAAUUAGAUAUAAUGAAGUUUAUUUGCAAAGAUUUUUGGACUACUGUUUUCAAAAAACAGAUUGAUAACCUCAGGACCAACCAUCAGGGUAUCUAUGUACUCCAGGACAACAAAUUUCGUCUCCUGACUCAAAUGUCUGCUGGUAAACAGUAUUUGGAACAUGCACCUAAGUAUUUAGCAUUUACUUGUGGAUUGAUCAGAGGUGCUUUAUCAAAUUUGGGAAUAAAGAGUAUCGUGACAGCGGAAGUUUCUGCAAUGCCUGCAUGUAAAUUUCAGGUGAUGAUACAGAAGAUUUAGAACAUGUAUAAAACAGAAUACCUGCCUUGUAAUAUCUUUUAAAUGUAUAUUUAUUUAUAACUGUAGUUUGAUGCAAUGUCCUGUGUUUAUGCGAAACAUCUGUUCUGCCAAACUUUCUAACAUGCUAGUUCUCAGAUAAGUGAUAAGUAUUUCUCUUGUAGAUUUUUAGUAAAUGUUCCAUUUGUGCAUGUUUCCAAUACAGUGUAUUUUACAAGAAUGUAAAGGUAGAGUUGGAAACCUGAUUAAAUACAGAGUUUGGA